AUGGAUUCGCAAGUAAACGAUCAGGCCGAUGUGCGAAGUGAAGAUGCGGUCGCGAUGAGGACAGGUAUGUACAGUGAGUGACCUAUCUCAUGAAAUGUUGGUCGAAAUUCUGAAAUGCGUUUUGGAUUAAGAAGGAUUACUUAGAUGUGGUUGUAAUAUUGAGUAUCAUGCGGCAUAAUACUAUAAUGUUUUUGACUUCACAGCAUGUCGGCUUUUGAAUGCGAGGACGAGGUCGGGAUUUAUUUCCCCUUGUUGACUUUGAUGGGAUUAGAGGUUGACGAGGCGUCAGGAGUGAUCUCACCAAUGGUGGAUAUGGGUGCGGUGGUAGACAUCAUCGCCGUCCUGGGUUGGGGUUGUGACAGGGAUUAUUGGGUAACCAUUGGGAGAUGGCACCUAAAAUAAUUCUCUUAACCAGGAAAUAAUACCUACUCUAUCUAUUUGAGUAGGUUAUAGGCCUACAUCUUUUUUGUGUCAUCCGGGUUUGCCAAUCACCAGCAACGACUCUUGAGGUUACCAUUUACUUAUUCACUUGCUGUGUUAUUUCGUUUCUCUUGAUAAGUACUUCACAGGUACUCAAGCGCAUAGCGUUAGACAUCAUAGUACAUACUUUCACUAACUAUCACUAACGACAGCCAACAGACCAAUUCUACUUGUUUACCAUUCGUUACGGUUCCUUGGAUGUCUGAUCACAGGCGCUAAAUUGGUCCGCGGGUUGCGUAAAAUGGUACAUGUGUAUAGCACUGCUAUUUGUUUACUUUUCAUUUACCGCGCCUUCUUCCGUUGCCAUAUAGUGAUGAAGUAAAACUUUAUCAUGUAAAGGGGAAUUUCAUAAAAAAAUAUUUCUAUUAUUCACAUUUAUCGACGCAUCCCAAAGGCCCCACUCGUAAAACCUUUAUUACCACCUAUCCUGUAAGACAGGCAGCUUUGGUUUAGAGGAUUUUUUAGGUGCCAUCUCCCAAUGCUUACCGAUUGUUGUGGUUGGGGUCGAUGCCAUCGGGUGAGGCGUCGGAGAACCGUGAGGGUGAUUAUCGGUUGUGGUUGUGUUUGCCGUUGUGUGAUUGAUUUAGCGGUAACGCUGAGGGCGCUAGCGGGAACGGCAUGUGGAGUUGUCAGGAUGUUGUUGCUUUGGGUCCAAAAAUGUCCUAUAGGACCGAUCUAUGUGUAUAAUGUUUUGAGGGCGUUGUCUGUUAAGCGUUGUGGUAACCGGUCGACCAUCUAGGUAGGCUACAUCUUAUUCGGUCAUAGAUUACUUGGGUGGGUUUAUGAUUGUAGAUCAAUGCGUGAUGCCCACGCUGACACUGUCUGUGUUUCCGCCAUGGUCUUGCUUGCGCACGGCCUAGAGUUCGCCAACCAUCCGCACCCAAACUGCCACCUGCAAGACGAUUUGACGUCAUUAGUCUAUGACAACCCAGCGCAACCGAAGGUUUGAGUUGAUAAACCCUGUAUCUCUUUGUAAUCCGACUCCAAACACAUACUCAGAUCUUAAACCUCAUACUGAUUUUUACGUUAAUUUCAGUACUAUUGGCGUGCCGUCAAGUUUGCUUGGCUUUCUGUUGGGAGUGCCUACACUCCCAAAAACAAGAGCCAACCAAUCACUGGAGAUCACGUGCGUUUGCUCUCUCUGCAGCGCUGUCAUCUCAAUCAGCCGUGUUUCCAUUGGCUACUGCCCUCUUCCCGAAGGUCAUUGGGCCGAAUGCCGUCGAUCCGCAGUAGGGUGUUAUAAAUAUGCGUCACCUUUAGCUGGUCGCGACUUGCAGUGUUUUUCUAAUACGCUUUCCGUGGCCAGCCGCGUUUUCUUUGUCUGUUGCUUUGGUAUUGGGGACCAGGGUCGAGUGCGUAUACGCUCCACGGAAUUUCAAGUACCAGGCGGGUUAUAACAAAUUGGCGACGCACUUUCUUAAAAUACAAUGGUUGACGAGUACGCCUACUUGAAGCAGAUGUUGCAGCGGCAGCUGAAGCUGAUGGACGCACUCACUGUUAAGCUGUCCAAAUCAUCCAUCGGUCAAUCAAGCGCGGCUGGUGGUUCGCAAUCUGUUGAUCACACUGCCGACUCAUAUCACCUUUGAUUCCUGGUACAAACGAUACGAGGACUUUUUCUCUGUCGAUGUGGCUGCUCAGGACGAUGCAUUGGAGGUUCGACUCCUACUUCGCAAACUGGGUCCGGCUGAACACGAGCGUUAUGCCAACUUCAUCCUCACCAAGAAUCCCCAAGAAGUCACGUUCAAGGACACGGUUGAGACGUUGUCGCAGAUUUUUGGUGAGCAAUCAUCCCUUUUCGACACUCGAUUUCAGUGCAUGCAACUGUGGAAACGAGAUGCCGAUGAUUUCAUCACGUAUGCGGGCAUUAUCAAUCGUGAGUGUGGACGUUUCCAACUCGGUUCUCUCACUGAAGAACAGUUUUGUUAUGACUCGCCUGGUACGUGAAAUCCUGUGGAGCGUAUGCGCACUCGACCCUUGUCCCCUAUACCAGCGCGGCAGAGAAGGGGAACGCGACCGGCCACGAAUUGUGUAUUAGGAAAUUGCAAGUCAAAAUGAACUGGAAGUAACGCGUAUUUAUAACGCCUUACGGUGCUUCGCCGGCGUUCGGCCCAAUGCCCUUCGGGAAGAACAUUCGAGACGAGCCGGUCGAUAAUUCGAAUAUGCUGAUCGAUCAGGCCCGCGAGGAAAAGCCAAUGGAGAGGCGCCACGAUUAAGAUGAUAGCGCAGUAGAGAAAACGCACGUGGCCUCCCGUGAAUGGCUGGCUCUUGUUUUUGGGAGUGUAGGCACUCCCAACACCUCCCCUCCAAGUAGGUCAGUACCGCUUCUGGCGUGGGUUGACCUGCAUCAGACGUGUUGAUCGGCGCACGCGGUUGGUCCGGCGUCUUAGUCGUGGUUUAACGCCUGGAGAUACGGGAGCGGAAACUGAUACCGAAGAUGGUAUAUCCGAACUGGGCGCAGAAGUGGAUUCGGGAACCGACUGAUCUGCCGGAAUGGCGAAGGUAUCCAGUAGGAUGUCGAGAGAGAGAGUGACGGCGCCGAAUCGAGCCCAGUUGUGUUACUGCAAUGUCGCCGUCGGAUGUGGUUGUGGUGGCGAACCCAGAUGUCAUCACCAACGUCGACGUCAAACAACAUACUGCCUCUGUGCGAUACUAUGGUUGCUUAAAUCCAAUCUGGGAACCCCGCUCGAUAAUCACGAACGAAGACAGGUGUUCCGAUGGAGAGCUUGCUGCGAGAAACUGGAGAAG